GGAUACCAAGCGGUUUUUGUCCACUUGGGAGGAAGUUUAUAAUUGGACACGUGUUUUCUCCGCUUUAGAGAUACUUAAGCUUUUGUUUUGUUGUUAUUAUAAAGCAAUGAACGAUCCGUGAGGAGGGGUUAGGCGUCCUUGAGCGCUCCUCUUCAGUCUUUAGAACUGCUAGGCCCAGAACCAUUUAAACUGAACGAGCCCGUGAGGCUGCUGCACAAGUGAGGUGUACCACAUCAGCUCUGAUACACCUGGACGUGUGCGUCUCCAUCACUGAAUGUGUGUUUUAGAUCAUGGAGGACAUAAAUCUGCUGUUUGACUAUGACCAGGAUCCAGAGUUUGCAUUUUGGGGACAAGCGGACCACCCCGGGCCGUUUCAGGCCCAGCUGGACUCCUUCCUGGUGGACUGCAGUGCAGUCAGCGGCCAGCUCUCCCCCUGGUCCGGGCUCCCGGACGCGCAGGUGACCUUUACUGACCUCCACGCGCAGUCCCCGGGAGCUGGCGUCUGCGCAGAGGCGGACAGCUCCACCGGCGCAGAUGGAGCUGUGCGCCUCUGCGCAGAGAGCCCGCGCAGGGCGCGCAGGCCCGCUGUGCAUCCCCCGCACAAGGUGCAGCGGCACGCCGCCAACAUCCGGGAGAGGAAGAGGAUGCUGAGCAUCAACUCGGCCUUCGAGGAGCUGCGCUGCCACGUGCCCACCUUCCCCUACGAGAAGCGAUUGUCGAAGAUCGACACCCUGCGGCUCGCCAUCGCCUACAUCGCGCUGCUGCGGGAGAUCCUGCUGUCGGGCUGUGACCCCAAGUCCUACGUGGACGAAUGCGUGAAGAACGGCUACAAGGACCACAGCGACGCUGUGUGGAACACCAGCGAUCUGACCGCCCGCCUUUCUUGGAUAAAGUGGGAUUAAACGAGGGGAAGAGUGUGAAGACGGAGUAAGGAGGUGGGCGCUGCGCCUGCUGAUCUACAUCUGCAGACUUCUCACCAGGUCACAAACCCCAGACUCUCCCGGCCUUUUCUGCUACCAGAUUUUAAUAUUCAGCCUUCUCGUUGGCGAGUAAUUGAGAGGCAUUGUUUGAGCGGCAUGGCGAGGACUGAGAGUUGGCCCGGCUUUCCGCUCAGAGACGGCCCUUGUCUCAGUGAAGCUGAAUGGACUUGUUGAAGGCUCAUACUUCUGCACUGAAGUGCUUUCUGGACUCCUCAUGCGGCUGCGAGUCGAUGUGUUAAAAAGAGUCUUAAUGAUGCAAAUGAGAUGAAGUCCGUGAGAAGCAGAUCGCUGCGACGUUUCUGAGCAUGUCAGCUGCUGUUUUGUAACAUGAGAGUCGACUUCUGUUUGUUUCACCAAAAGCUCUCUGAUUUGUUGUUGUUUAUUUAUUAUUUUGAUCAAAUUUGCUCAUCUGUUGUUUGAUAAUAAACAAAAUCUCACAUCUA